GUGCACUUUGGCCGGUCACUUGCUUGUGAAAUCAACUUAGCUGUGACGUCUCUUGUUAAUUUUCUGCAUUUCAAGUAUUUUCCCACAUCGAACGGGUGCGUCGAAUCUAUUAACUCAACAUGGCGGCCGCGCAGAUUUUUAACACUUUGGGUAAACUCGGUAUCGGUCUUACUGUCGCUGGAGGAAUUGUAAACAGUGCCCUCUACAAUGUCGACGGGGGGCACCGAGCCGUUAUCUUCGAUCGCUUCACAGGCGUGAAAAACUUUGUCGUUGGCGAAGGCACUCAUUUUCUCAUCCCGUGGGUGCAGAGGCCAAUUAUCUACGAUGUGCGUUCACAGCCGCGAAACGUGCCCGUUCUUACCGGAUCGAAAGAUUUGCAGACUGUAAGCAUUACAUUGCGUAUUCUCUAUAGGCCAGCUGCUGAGUCUUUGCCAAAGAUUUAUACUACUCUCGGCGUUGACUACGAUGAGAGGGUUUUACCGUCGAUUACUACCGAAGUUCUAAAGGCUGUAGUGGCACAAUUCGACGCUUCGGAAAUGAUCACCCAACGAGAGAUGGUCAGCCAACGCGUCUCCGAGGAUUUGGUCGAGCGAGCCGCACAAUUCGGUCUUAUCCUCGAUGACAUCUCAAUCACACAUUUGACAUUUGGACGGGAGUUUACCGCCGCCGUCGAAUUAAAACAGGUCGCCCAGCAGGAAGCCGAGAGGGCUCGUUUUCUCGUCGAAAAGGCCGAGCAGCAGAAGAAAGCCGCUGUCAUCUCGGCCGAAGGUGAAUCUCAGGCCGCUUCUCUGCUCGCUAAGGCCUUUGGUGAUGCCGGUGACGCCCUCGUUGAAAUUCGUCGUCUAGAGGCCGCCGAAGAUAUUGCUAUGCAGCUAAGUCGGUCACGCAACGUUGCUUAUUUACCACAUGGGCAAAAUAUAUUGUUGAGUCUUCCAACGGGCAAUUAGAUUAAGCAAACCGAUAAAACAAGAUAUCGAAACGUAACAUGCGUUUAAUAGAGGCCGGCCCGUUGCAAGCCGCAGUUCUAUUUUGUGGCAUACGACGGCGCUGCCGUUAGCUAUUACUAUUCUUAUUAAUGCCGCUAAUAUUAUUGAAUUGCUUAUAUUUCUAUUGUUUUAUUAGUAAUACACAAUCACUAUAGUAUUAUCGCUGCGUGCAGCAUCGCAUGUCAAAAGUUUCGGUAAAUUAAUUUCAUUGGUGUCAUGCUUUCUAAUGCGGUGCACAUGUCUCAUUUCACAGAACUUACGCGUGUUCUUUCCCUUUUGGUAUAUAGAAAAAAAUCUAGUUGGCAAAUCUAGCCACAGUAAUUGUUGUAUAUGAGAAAGGAACUUGCUCGGGCACGCCCGGAGUGAAUGGUGAUUUUGACGAGGUGUGCUAAAAGUAUAGAAAAUUAACAUUACGGAAAUGUGAGGACACGUCUAAAAAAAUGAGCUGAAGAAGUUAUACAUAGCUGCACAAGCACGCAAUUUGUUCAUGGAGCAAAGGGAUGCAAAAUACCAGACGAAAAGCAGAGGAAAAAUACCAUGU